AAACCCUUUAGAUAAAGCCCUUUGGGGAAAGAUGAUGAGUCAGAGAGACCUGUAUGAGUGAGAGGAAGGACAGCCGCACCACAUCCAGCAGACACUAUUGUCCAUCACCUUUUUUUGUUGAUUUGUUCAUUCAUUUUGCUUUUUCUCUAGCUUUUACCACGACUUCAUUCACUGUGUCACCAUGGACAUUGGUGGCCUGACAACGGUGGUGGCCAACUCAGCCUACAUCUCAGCUCGCGGGAGCUUUGACGGCACCGCCAACCCUGCGGCCAACCGAGACAAGAAGUACCACUCCCGCCUCAAGCUUCCCCACAUUACAGUGUGCGAAGGCCUCAGAGAGUCUUUGGACUUGGGCUUUCAGAAAGUCUGCAUGGAGCAGCCAAUCGGCAAGCGUCUUUUCCAGGAGUUCCUAGAUUCACACAACGAGUAUAAGGGUCCUUGCCGCCUGUGGAAGGACAUUGAGGAGUACAACACGGCUGAGGAGGAGGACAGAGUCAAAAAAGCAAAGAAGAUUUUGUCACGGUACAUGGAGCCCGAUGCAAAGUAUUUCUGCCCCUUCCUGAUGGAAAAUGUCAUCACAAAGGUCAAAGAGAAACACCAGCAUGCUGGAGAUGACCUCUUCAGUGACACGUUGGACAAUGUGACGGACUUCCUCAAGGAAGUGCCGUACUCUUUCUUCCUGGAGAGCAUGUAUUUGAAGAGGCUUCUGCAGUGGAAGUGGCUGGAGAUGCAACCAAUUGGAGAAGACUGGUUUCUGGAUUUCCGUGUAUUGGGAAAAGGGGGUUUCGGGGAGGUGUCUGCCUGUCAGAUGAAGGCCACGGGGAAAUUGUACGCUUGCAAAAAACUCAACAAGAAAAGACUGAAGAAGAGAAAAGGCUAUGAGGGGGCGAUGGUGGAGAAGAGGAUCCUGGCACGAGUUCACAGCAGGUUCAUUGUGUCCUUGGCCUACGCCUUUCAGUCUAAAACAGAGCUGUGUCUGGUUAUGACUAUAAUGAAUGGAGGAGACCUGAGGUAUCACAUAUAUAAUGUGGAUGAAAACAAUCCGGGCUUUGAGGAGCCACGCGCCUGCUACUAUGCUGCUCAGAUCAUCCAGGGCCUGGAGCAUCUUCACCAGAAAAGGAUCAUCUACAGAGACCUCAAACCAGAGAACGUGCUUCUGGACAAUCAAGGUAAUGUCCGUAUCUCGGACCUCGGUCUGGCUGUGGAGCUGGCUGACGAUCAGUUCAAAACAAAAGGCUAUGCUGGCACUCCAGGAUUCAUGGCACCAGAGUUGCUUAAAGGAGAAGAAUACGACUACUCUGUGGAUUAUUUUGCUCUGGGCGUUACUCUGUUUGAGUUUCUGGCUGCAAAAGGGCCUUUUCGGACCAGAGGAGAGAAGGUGGAGAACAAGGUGGUGAAGAAGCGUGUUUUGAAUGAUCCUGUAAUCUACCCGGAGAAGUUCAGUGAGAAGGCCCACUCCAUCUGCGAGGGUCUGCUGUUUAAAGAAGUGGACAAGAGGCUCGGCUUCAAGAACGGCUCAUGUGACGAGCUCAGGGCGCACCCUUUCUUUGGCGACAUCAACUGGAGGAAGCUCAACGCAGGGAUCCUCAAGCCACCUUUUGUGCCAGACUCUAAGACAGUUUACGCUAAAAACAUUGACGACGUCGGGGCCUUUUCCACGGUCAAAGGUGUUCAACUUGAAGACAAAGACGGUGAUUUUUUUCACGAGUUUGCCUCCGGGAACGUGUCCAUCCCAUGGCAGGAAGAAAUGAUUGACACAGGGAUGUACGAGGAGCUGACCGUGUGGGGCCCUGCUGGCACAUUACCUAAUGACCUGCGACGUGAAUCCAUCCUUGAACAACCGACCCGCUCGUCCACCUGCUCUGUGUCAUGA